AUGGCUGCUGAAGUUGGCUUUGAUUUGCCUGAGAUUGACGAAACUGACUUCGAGUUGCCUCCGCUGGAAGAAGCAGAAACCCUGUCCCAGCCUGACCUGAGUGAUUCGUCACCUCAGUUCUUUGAUUUGGAAGAUUUGACAGACGAGUUUGAAGAAGCAGAUGCUGGGUGCCCGUCAGAUGAGAUUGGCCAAGACUUUGAAUUUGAAAAUGAGGGAGGGGAUACCGACAACUCCAAAUGGAUUCCAGGCCUGACAAUGGGCACAUCUGUGGGGCGCUUGGGCUUUGGCCUUGGUAAAGUCAUGGCCCAAACUUCCAUUGUUUUGGCCAAUAUGUAUUUUUCACUCAAGGGUGCACCUCGUGAUUUGUUGAAAAAACUUUCCGAACAUUUGCGACCUAUGCCACAGAAAGCAACAAAGCCAUUGGCUGCGCAAGUUGCAGCACAGAUUUCCCGUGUUCCUGCCAACACGAUUCGUGCUGUGAUAGCCCGAUUGAAGAAGUCGAAUUGGGAAGCCCCUGUAGGACAGGUUAGCAAGCAUGUUUCUACGGCUGCUGAUGCAAGACGAAGCGAUGUGCAGAUAAUGAAAACACUAGUAUCUGAAAUUAUUUCCAAUGCCUAUGAAGGCGGAAGUGAUUUGCAUUUAAUUCGUCGCUUAGAGCAGCUGCGAAGAUAUGGGGUAGAUUGCGGAGACAAAUUUCACUCCCCUGAGUUCUUCCGUCUCGUGGAAUACGUGACAGCGCAAGCAAAACUCUUCCUGGACGCUGAGGAUUUCAACCAGGUGCUGUCUGGGCUUGGUGUUAGCAGUCAUUUCUCUGUGCUGUUCGAUGGAGUUUCCCUGGGGUCAUCCACAUGGAGCCGGCAUGAAAGUUUGCUUGUUGUGGGAGUAAGCUUUGUGUCUCCAGUAGAUGGUCGACUUCAUGCUCGGCUUUUUGCUGCGCCUAGCAGUGGCCAAAGUCACAAAGGGCCCGCCACAGCCAGCUUGGUCUUGGAGAAUCUUUCCCGCCACCCGGCCGGCGUUGAUGAGAAAAUGAUGAAAAGACGGCUGACUGCGAUCGGGGGAGACGGUGCGGUCGUUAAAGGAGGCGCAUCUGCACGACAUGGAAGCACCAACGCGGGGAGUUGUUUCUGGAAACUUGCACGGGGAGAAGAUGAAGAGUUCAUCGAGUGGGACCCGUUCCACCGAGAGGAUGUUGCCCGCAAGCGGGCAUUCAGAGCUUCCCCUUUGACCACUGAACUAUUCGACGUCUCUGCCUGUAUGUCCCAACUUUUCGGGACGGGCGCAGGCCGCAUCAUUUUACGAUCGGCAGCUGAAUACACAAACACAAAGGCAUACGCGGCACCUGCUCACUCGGGCACGCGCCCGACUGUGUCCUUGGAAGGCUGGAACUGGUCAAGAA